UUUACAACAAAUGUGUUUUAAGUUUUUUUUCUUUUUAUCUAAUAAAUUAUAAAUUGAAAGAUCUAAAAAUAAAAAAACACAAAUAAAUUAAAAUAAAAGUUUUCCUUGAACGCAUGUUGCGCAUGCGUGUGUUGUGUAGAAGAAAACCAAACUGUUGCGUGAAACCCGCGAAAUCUUUUAGAAACAUUUACGAUGUCUGAUAAAGAAGAUGCGCCCGUUGAAACUUGCGACGAUCCCAAUCAAAUAAAAUCAUUACUGACACUCCAAACAUUCCUCUCAGAACGAAAUACGUCUGAAAAUGCCGUAUAUAUUACGAAAGUGCCGAAAGUCUGCCGAGAAUUUCCAUGUAUCCUAGGCAUUGAUGAAGCUGGCCGCGGGCCGGUUUUAGGUCCAAUGGUAUAUGGAAUAGCAUUCUGUCCAAUAAAUCGUGCUGAUCUCUUGGUGCAACUGGAAUGUGAUGAUUCCAAGGCUUUAACUGAAGAAAAACGUGAAGAAAUCUUUGUGAAAAUGUGUGAAAAUCACAAAGCUAUGGGCUGGGCAGUGGAUGUAAUUUCACCAAACUUUAUUUGUAACAGUAUGCUGGGCAGAAGCAAAACAUCAUUGAAUCAAGUCUCAAUGGACUCAGCAAUUGCUUUAGUAAGGAAAGCAAUUGCUGAUGGUGUAAAGAUUGAACAUGUUUUUGUUGAUACUGUUGGACCACCAGAAAAAUAUCAGGAUUAUCUGAAGACACUUUUUCCACAGUUUAAAAUUACUGUGGCCAAAAAGGCUGAUUCUAAAUAUCCCAUCGUCUCAGCUGCUAGUAUUGCUGCAAAAGUUACUAGGGAUCAUGCUCUCAAAGUGUGGCAAUUUAAAGAAGGCAUUGAAUUAGCUGAGGAAGGAUUUGGCAGUGGAUAUCCUGGUGAUCCAGUAACCAAACGAUUUUUGAAAGAAAAUUGUGAUCCGGUGUUUGGUUUUCCGCAAUUGGUGCGUUUCAGUUGGUCAACAUCAUCGAAUCUACUAGAAAACGACGCGUAUCAUGUGGAAUUCGAUGAGGAAGAAGAAGAACCGCCAGCGAAUAACACAUCAAUCACAAAUUUCUUUAAAGCGGUACCAAAGGGUAAACGGACGCGGGAACAACACGAAUUUUUCAAACUACGCGCGCUUAAAUCAACCAAUUCGCUUUCAUAAUAUUAAAACGUGUUUUAUUAAUUAUUUAUCAUAGUAUCAACGCUAAACAUCCAAAAGAUUCGUCUUGGGCAUCAUAAUUAGACGUUAGGCAACCAGAAUUGUCUCAAUAUUUUUGCGUAUUUUGAUAUGUCGAAACAUAACCAAUAAAUUUUAAAAUAUUUAACAAA